AAGACGUGAGCAAGACGCUAAUAAGUCAGUCUUAUUAUUUCUUAUCCAGUUUGAAAUAUUUACCUCGUAUAAAAUACAUCUUUGAUUCUUUAUUCAACGAUAAAAUGGUCUCGAUGCGCUAGAAGCACUUUGCUGCUUCUCGUGCUCGUUUAUUGUUAGUUAGCUUAGCUCGCUAGUUAGCUUAGCUUGUUAGCUGCUAACAGAAGUUAUCAACACAUCGCUAAGUAGAGAUCAAGUGUGAGAGUAAAGUGUUGUGAUUGUGUGAAAAUGUCUACAUUACACAUGUUGAGAGCGUUGGUGGAUCAGCGACUAACUGCUGCCGUUGAAGAAAUAUUUGUAGUGUUAGAAAGAACGAUAGCACAAUACGAGGCGGAACUUUCUAGAACAAAAGAGGAGAACUAUCAACUACUGGACGCUGUUUUCAAGAAACAUCAAGUUGUGUUACACAGAACAGACGUCCAGCGGGUGUCAGCGGGGAGUCAUGAAGAGGAGUGGCACACCAGUGUGGGACAGAAGGAGCUACAGGCCCCCUCCCACAUUAAAGAGGAGCAGCUUCAUGAUGAAGAUGAAGCUCAGUCCUUACAGCUUCAUCACAGUCAAAGUGAGGAGAACAGAGGGGCGGAGCUUGUAAGUCAACACAUCACAGAAGCUGAUGGAGAGCAUUGUGAAGAUAUAAAGUCAGAACCAGACAGCAUCUUUGCUCCACUGUCAGACAUGGACCACAUGAUGUCACACUCUUCUGAUCACAGUGACCACAUCCAAAAACCUUUGGAGAGUCAAAAUGACUCUAAAGGUGAUACGAGACAUCACACUAACAACAAACACUUUGACUGCUCUCAAUGUGGGAAAUCAUUUAGACGGAAGAGUAAUGUUACAGUACACAUGAGAAUGCAUACUGGAGAGAAACCUUUUACUUGCUCUGUUUGUAAGAAGAGUUUCUUCCAAAAGUGUAACAUGACCACACACAUGAGAACGCACACUGGAGAGAAACCUUUUACUUGCUCAGCUUGUAAGAAGAGUUUCUCCAGAAAGGUUGACAUGACCACACACAUGAGAACACACACUGGAGAGAAACCUUUUAAUUGCUCUGUUUGUAAGAAGAGUUUCUCCACAAAGCUUACCAUGACCACACACAUGAGAACACACACUGGAGAGAAACGUUUUUCUUGCUCAGCUUGUGCUAAAAGAGUCAACACUAAGAAUGACAUGAUAUUGCACAUGAGAACACACACUGGUGAGAAACCUUUUACUUGCUCUGUUUGUAAGAAGAGUUUCUCCAGCAAGCAACACAUGACCACACACAUGAGAACACACACUGGAGAGAAACCGUUUCCUUGCACUGUGUGUGAUAAAACAUUCAGGUAUAAGUAUCAGGUGAGUAGACACAAGUGUGUAACAGUCAUGGAAGCUGCAGGGAUUUAAAAAGACUUAAACAGUGAUUGUGCUAAAUGUAGUUUAAAAACACAGCAUGUUUAAUAAGAAUGUAUAUUUGAUGUUGUAUGUAGUGCUUCUCAUCUUCUAGUCUUAUAUGUUGUCCUGUACUUACUGUUUAAGUUGUGUGCAUGUAUUGAAUAUUAUAUAUGUAGCUACUAUCCUAUUUUAUUUUAUCAUUGUUGAAGAGAGGACAUCUUAUUUUCAUGUGGGGUGUUUUUUUGUGUCAUAUGA